AUGAAGCUACAUGGGUCGGUCCUGGUCGUCUUAUUUUCUCUGCUGCAGCUUUCUACGCAGCAGAGACCAAAGCCGAGGAACUCCCUUACGGUGGCCAUUAAGCAGGGCACCCUGACCGGAAAGGUCAUGCAGUCUUUACUCAACAAACGAGACUUUUCUGCAUUCCAAGGAAUUCCGUAUGCGGUGCCGCCGGUUGGAAAUCUCAGAUUCAAGAACCCAGUUGAGCACGCAGGUUGGAACGGCACCUUGAUGGCCACGCAGGAAGGAAGUGACUGUCCGCAGUACGAACACAUUACCCGACUCUUUUCUGGCUCUGAAGACUGCCUCUUUCUCAACGUCUACACACCCCAAAUCAACUCAAAACGGGCACUGCCGGUGAUGGUGUGGAUCCACGGUGGAGGAAUGGUCGAAGGGUCAAGCAGCGUCCAACUCACGGGUCCGGAGAUUUUGAUGGACAAGGACAUUGUCCUCGUCACUUUAAAUUACAGACUCGGACUCCUUGACGUCCAGAAACUGGUGGACGAGGCGAGCGCCCUGACCGUUCGCGAGAGACGCAGAUACCUGGCUGUCUCGCUCGAGAACGUGCCCAUCAUGACCGGGGUCACCACUCACGAGGGCAUGCUCAACAUGAUUUUGCUUCGUCCGCUCAACGUGACAAAGGAAUUCACCGGAAACAUGGACUUCUACGUUCCUCGCUUGCUGGGAUUGAAAAGAAACACUAAAUUAUUCCCUAGCAUCAUUUUUGGUGGCAUGAUAGAAUGCAACAAAUUCAAGCAAUGA